ACGAGAAGAACUUGAAUGCACCAUGUUGGUUGCAUCGCAAAGCACCGUCUUUUUCGGGAACAGUGCGCCCGUGAACGACUCGUCUCUUUGGACUUGAGCCAUCACGAUUUUCCACUUCCACAAGUCCCAGCUUCUUCUUCCUGCAGCCUGCGCCUUUCCUUUCCUUCUCAAUCCAAGCACACCUCGCGCAAAGAAAAGUGCAACCAUGUCUGUCCCUGCCCUUUCCACCUCUCCCCACCCCCCCGUAAAGCGGGCCCUGAUUACGGGGGUCACUGGUCAGGACGGCUCCUAUCUCACGGAGUUUCUUCUCUCUCAAGGGUACGAGGUCCAUGGGAUCAUCCGGCGUUCUUCCAACUUUAAUACGCAGAGGCUGGAUCACAUUUAUGUCGACCCCCACACGACCAACGCCAAGCUCAAGCUGCAUUAUGGAGACCUAAGCGACUCCAACUCGCUGCGUAAGUGGAUCGAUACCAUCCAGCCGGACGAGAUCUACAACCUGGGGGCGCAGUCUCACGUCGGUGUCUCCUUCGAAAACCCCGAGUUUACUGCUGAUGUGACGGGGACUGGAGCUCUGCGUCUGCUGGAGGCCGUCAGGACUCACCAAGAAGACACGGGGAGGAAAGUCAAGUACUACCAGGCAGGGUCGUCUGAGAUGUAUGGAUCCACGCCCCCCCCUCAGGCGGAGGACACUCCCUUCCACCCUCGGAGUCCUUAUGCUGUUGCCAAGGUUGCUGCGCACUGGUACACCGUCAACUACCGGGAGGCGUAUGGCUUGUUUGCCUGCAAUGGGAUCCUGUUCAACCACGAGUCACCGAGGCGCGGGGAGAACUUUGUGACCAGGAAGGUCACCCGCGCAGUGGGGCGCAUCAAGAUGGGCCUCCAGAAGAAGCUGUACAUGGGCAACUUGAAGUCGUCGAGGGAUUGGGGUUUCGCCGGGGACUACGUCGAGGCCAUGUGGCUCAUGCUCCAGCAGGAAUCGCCUGAUGACUACGUCGUCGCCACCGAGGAGUCGCACACGAUCGAGGAGCUGCUCGAGGAGGCCUUCUCGCAAGUCGGCCUCAAGUGGGAGGAGUAUGUUGAGAUUGACCCGCGGUACUUCCGGCCUUCCGAGGUCGACAACCUGCGGGGCUCGUCGGCCAAGGCGAAGAAGCUCCUGGGGUGGAAGCCCAAGGUCACGUUCAAGACGCUCAUCAAGAUGAUGGUUGAGAGCGAUCUUGAGCGUGCCAAGAGGGAGAAGGUCCUUUUGGACGCCGGUUACACUGGACGGGCCCACGAGUAAGAUAGCGAACACACGUGUUGGCCGGAGCUGUAAAGCGACCUCGGAAGGGGAAUGGUCGGGGAUGACGUGCUAUGUACAUGUACCACACAAGCGGGGUCUCUUCAAGUCGGUGGCGUUGAACAUGUAAUGCAUAUCUUGCGCCCUGUCUUUGAAAAAGGAAGCGACCGAGGGCGCACAGGAGGAAAGUGUUGUCAUAGAAAGCUUCACUUGGGUUUGCUACUAGUGUACACAGCCUUAGUACCGUACAUGACUGAUACCUCGAUCUACUAGUAGGUGGGUAAUCCGCUUUCCGUGUUCAGAUUCUUUGUAAACUGAGGCACGAGAUUUGCGCCCCAGUGUACGUCUACAUGAAGAUCACUACACCCUACCAUAGUUAGACUCUCACGCGAUUGUUGGUCAGACUCAAUGAUCGUGGCCGGUCGGAGCCACCUGGCCCUAUUAGUAUCAUUCGCUGAGAUCAGCUUGGGCCCCUCUAUAUACAAUUCAUUAAAUCACGAGAACAAAAGUCACUUGAUGAUCGGACAUUCGAGAUAUCAUGGC